AUGAAGGCAACUCCGCUGAUCAUAAAUUGGCAUCACGACAACAACAACCCAUACCCAAUUUACUCGGCUCACUUUGAGCCCAACGGCAAAGGCAGACUUGCGACCGGUGCUGGUGACAAUAACGUUCGGUUGUGGAAAUUUGAGGAGGGCUCCGAAGGCCGGAAAGUCGACUACCUUGCGACCCUCGCAAAGCACACACAAGCUGUGAAUGUCGUCCGCUGGGCCCCUAAGGGCGAACUCCUUGCAUCCGCCGGGGACGAUGGCAACGUGAUAUUGUGGGUGCGUUCCGAAACGCACCAUCCGACGUUCGGUUCCGAGGGCCUCGACGACAAGGAGACAUGGCGUACGAAGCACAUGUGUCGGUCGCUGGGGACAGAGAUAUACGAUCUAGCCUGGUCGCCCGACGCCUCAUUCUUCAUUAUCGGCAGCAUGGAUAAUGUUGCGAGGAUUUAUAACGCUGGGACAGGGACGUUGGUACGCCAAAUCGCCGAACAUAGCCAUUAUGUCCAGGGCGUUGCGUGGGACCCGUUGAACGAGUACAUCGCGACACAGUCAUCCGACCGCUCUGUACACAUUUACUCUCUAAGGACGAAAGACGGCCAAUACACACUCCACAGCCACGACGAUAAACCGCCGAAGCUCGCCAGUCACGCGAAAACCGACCUGCCCCCCAGACGUAUUUCUUCCAGCAGCCCGGCUCCGCCUGACACAGGGUACCGGUCGGUUCUUGCGGCCGUAGAUGCUGUGCCGGGCGUCGCGAUCGGCUCGCCCGUUCCAUCGGCGCCAGGGACCCCGACUUCCAUGGCACUGCCGAUGAACCCACCCAGCGUCAUUAGUCACAGCCGGAGAACUUCGUUCUCCUCUAGGCGGUCUGCUUCGCCCGCCCCAUCCAUGCCGUUACCCGCAGUGAUGCCCAUCGAGGCUUCUCCCAAGCCACACCUUAACAACACUAGCCUGGGCAUGAAGAAUGCUAGCCUCUACGCAAACGAGACCCUAACCUCGUUUUUCCGACGGCUGACGUUCACACCCGAUGGGAGUCUCCUGCUCACCCCUGCCGGCCAAUACCAGACCCAGCACCAGGUAGAGGGUGCAAAAACAACGUACGAAAUCAUCAACACGGUCUACAUCUACACGCGCGGUGGCAUCAACAAGCCCCCGAUCGCCCAUUUGCCGGGCCACAAAAAGCCAUCGGUUGCUGUGCGAUGCUCUCCGGUUGUUUAUACCUUGCGGCAGUCUCCGCCUGUCACGAAGAACAUCACCAUCGACACCUCGUCUUCCGAAGAGCCCAUCCCAUCGCUCCCAGAACCUCUUUCCGAGCCCUCGCCAGCGCCGUCGGUCAUGGACCCGCCACCACCGCCGGUCCCCGCUGAGGCAUCAAGCUCUUCGUCCAAGACGCUGAGCUUGGAAACCGGAGUACAAGGCCAGGGGCCUAAAUCAGUGUUCGCACUGCCGUACCGGAUGGUGUACGCUGUGGCCACCCAAGACUCUGUCUUGUUGUAUGACACUCAACAACACACGCCCAUAUGCGUCGUGAGCAACUUGCAUUGUGCAACUUUCACAGAUCUAGCUUGGUCGACCGACGGGUUGACGCUUCUUAUUUCGUCGUCGGACGGUUUCUGCUCGACACUAUCAUUUGCCCCUGGCGAGCUGGGGACCGUGUACACCGGGGAGUUGGGCCCGCCGAAACCUCCGGCUGCAGCUGCGUCAAGCCAGAAUACCCCAGCGCCAACGCCAACCUCUGUCUUUGCGCCGCCAUCACCGUUCCCCAAUGGCUCGCAUCACCGACAUCGCGACUCGACCAGUUCACUCACAGCUCCAUCACCACCAACGCUGACGGCUUCCUUCGUCACGCCGCGAGCGGCUUCUCCGGCGCGAUCAAUCUCGAAUUCGUCGAUCGUCGGGCAGUCGUCAUCAUCACAGUCGGGCGUGUUAAGUAAUCCGCCCCUAAUUGCCGGCCAGGUACCGAGCAUUGCGGCGACAAACUCGAGCAAGGUAGUUGGACUUCCGAUAACCACGCCCCCGGAGACCCCGCGCGCUUCUCACGCCGCACCAGCACCGGCGGCGGCGGCGGCGGCGGCGGCGGGCACCAAACGGGAGACUGAAGCCGAGGAAGAAUCAUCCGGGACUCAGCCCAAGCGUAGACGUAUUGCGCCGGUGCUGGUCAGCGAGGGAUCUCUGCAGACUGAAAAGAAGGAUGAGACCAAGCCAUAG